CUGACUAUUCUAGGUUCUAAUUAUGGUUCUAGAUUCUAGUCUACUAAUUCUAGUGUUGUUUGAAAUCCACGUGCUGUGAAUACGUGUUUCAAUAUUUUAGCGUGCCACAGGGAUUCAGGAAAAUUAAAAAUAUUUUUAUUCGUUCGUUCGCAUUUAUUUCGUAAUGAUGCAAGACAAACGUACUCUACCGUCUCCAUCUAAAGUGGAAGAUCUUUUGGAUGAAGAAAUGAUUCAAGAGAAUGAUAUUGAGGAGGUUAUUGAUUUGAAUGAUCCGAUUUUCGAGAGCUCGAGUUCGUCUGACAAUGAAAAUGAGAAUCCACAAACAGAUGCUCUUAUGCAGGAGGACAACGUAGACAAUGCUAUACGUGUUUUUCGUGGCCACAAGUCUCAUCAUAUAGUGUUUUGUUGCUCGUUAAGUAAAAAUGGUGACUUAAUGGCAACAGGGGGUGAGGAUGACAAAGGAUACCUCUGGAAUACCAACACGGGUGAGAGUAUUUUCAAUACUGAUGGCAGCCAUGACGAUAGUGUUAUAUUUGCCGAAUUUAAUUACAACGACAAAUAUCUAGCCACAGCUGAUAUGUGUGGCAAAAUAAAAUUGUGGCGGAUAAGUGACAAAACUUGUGUCUGGGAAACUGUCUUAAUGAAUGACAUUAAUUGGAUAAAGUGGCAUCCUUUCAGUGAUAUCUUAAUAACAGGUACCGAAACAGGAGAAGUUUAUAUGUUAAAAACACGAAAGGAUGAUUGCAAAAUCUUCGCACAGGGUACCGGUAUUAAAACAGAGGCUGGUGUAAUUCUUCCAGAUGGGAAACGUGCUGCAAUAGGAUAUGAAAAUGGUAUGAUUCACGUAAUAGAUUUAAAAUCGAACACUCUAAUAUCCACCACUCCCCCUGACCAAACAGGAUUACAUGGGCAUUCAAGCACUAUCAUUGCUCUUGAUUGUUACAUGGAUAAUAAUCUAUUGAUUUCGGUGUCAAUGGAAAGUCAGACUAUUCUAAGUACAGCACAUAAUGGCAAGGUGAUUUGUAUACUUCAAGAUUUAAAUAAACAUGGCGAUAACAAAGACCAUGUAGAGGUUGUAGCGUUUUGUAAAGAUCCUACAUUCCCUGCUGCUGCAAGUGCAACAGUCACGAGUGAAACAUGUGGAAAAAUUUACAUAUGGGAUAUUUCCAAACAAAAUCUUAGGCACGAGAUAAAUCAAGAAGGAGGUGUCUCAAAAUUAGUUUGGACUAAGACAUCGAUAUUUUUUACAGCGGGAUUAGAUUGUAAACUAAGAUGUUUUGAUGCAAGAGCAGGUCACUACCUUCGAGUAUUCUCUGGGCAUAGAGGGGCUUUAUAUGACAUAUGCAUAUCCAGUGAUGAGAAGAAAGCAGUAACAGUUUCCGACGAUGGUACUGCCAGGAUCUUUGAUAUUUCAUCUAUAUGUUAACAUAUGAUGGAAGAUAUAGGAUAUUAAAGUAUAAAAAUACAUGUAUA